AUGGCCCAGUUCCCGAUGCGCCGCGUGUUCCGGGGGCUCUGGAUCCUGCUGACCCUGUGCACCUUCUCCGCCCUGCCAUGGAUGAUCGUGGAGCUGCGCAAGCAGCACUUCUCCGUCCACUACCAGGCCUGGUUCAUCGCGGGCGUUUUUGUGAUCCUGGCCGUCUCCGCCUCCAUUUACGAGGUUGCCAUGCACCUGGAGCACUACAACCGCCCCGCGCUCCAGAUCCGGGUGGUGCGCAUCCUGUGGAUGGUGCCCAUCUACGCCGUGGACGCGUGGCUGAGCCUGCGCUUCUCCGACGCACGCACCUACAUCGACCCGCUGCGCGAGUGCUACGAGGCCUUUGUCAUCUACAACUUCUACUGCUACCUCAUGGCCUACCUGGAGGAGGAGUACGGCGACGUGGACGCCUACUACGCGACGCGCCCACCCGUGCCCCACCCCGCGCCCAUGGACCGCCUGCUCCGCCCCUGGGCCCCCGGCGCCGACUUCUUCUGGGAGACCAAGCGCGGCGUGCUGGCCUACGUCAUCACCCGCCCGCUCACCACCGCGGACUACAUGGACCCCAACUCCCAACGCCCAGGCUUUCUCAAAAACGUCAAGGUCAUGUUUGACGUGCGGGAUGUCGUGGAUGAUGUGCAAGAUGUGGUGACGGACACUGGCGACAACAUAGCCGACAUGGGGCGGCGGACAUGGAAGCAGGCGAAGAACCACACCGCCAACCUGGUGCAGUCGCCGCCCUCCUACCUGAAGGGCCUUUUCGCCCGGGAUGCCAAGCUCCGGCGGAAGGAGGGCGAGGGUGUGCCAUACAGUGACGAGGACUCUUCGCCCACCAGGGGCAGCCUGCAUGCCCUGUUACAGAGGAGCCAGUCCCGGCCGGGGCCAAUCUCCAGCAGCCCCUGA